UAUCGCUUUCUUAAACAUUUUAUUUACUUUUUUAGUAAUGGCAUCAAGCUCACUUCAAUCUUCAUCAUGGACACCGCAGCAAAACAAGUUAUUUGAAAGGGCACUAGCUCAAUUCGAUAAGGACACACCUGACCGGUGGCAGAAUGUGGCGCGGGCGGUUGGAGGUGGAAAAUCGGCCGAUGAAGUAAAGAGACACUAUGAAAUACUUAUUGAGGAUCUCAGCCGCAUUGAAUCUGGACGUGUUCCUCUUCCUACUUACACCCAUGAACAACAAAGGCUUUUGAAGUAUAUGAACCUGCACUAGUGAAGAUGUUGGCAAGAAGAUAUUAAGCUGGAUAUCACUACCUAGCAAGUCAAGUAUAUGACAAAAGAAAAAAGAAAAAAAGAUGCCCUUAAAAAUAUUCUAUGAAUAUUGCAUUGUACCUUCUCUUAAUUAUGAAAAAUAGUUUUUUUUCUACUACUUCCUACAUGUUUUUAUAUAUUAUAUUGUACUAGUACCACAAUAUCUUAUCAAAUCGUAUGAAUCUCUCAAUUUUCAAAAGAAGUUAGUGUAUUUGAUUUAUUACCUCACAAUGCAACAUAUA